UGAUCUAGUAAUUUGUCACGUGUGAGUGUAGUACUGUCUACCGACUACUUGCUAAGUUGCUUUCACUAAAUGACUACUUGCUAAGUUGCUGUCACUAAAUGACUAGCACAAUCUAGCUGAUAGCAUGACCUACCUUACAAGGUCCAUAUUUCACACUUCACAGGCUUAUGAGAAAAUUCAACCAUCUCAGCAUAGAGAACCAACUGGAGAAAUAAUUAUAUAUAACCUCAUUCAACCUAUGAUGGCCAUAAUCCAUACAUUUCACUAGUUUUCAGAAUUCUUGAAUCAUAUCACUAUUAGCCCCUGAAUAUGUAUGCAUGUAUAUAUAAUAUUAUAUAUAUAUAGUUUCUUUGAUUUGCUUUACUUGAAGUAUCCAAUAUUGUCGAACUUUCCUUAAAAAUCAAAUGGCGCAUUCAGGUUUGAGCUCAAAAACAUUUUGGUCACAUAUAAAUGUUUCCAUACAUUUCAUACCCCUAUAUUGCAUGAGCUUGCUGCAACCAGGCUUUCCUGUCUCCUUAGCCACUUCCAGGCUAGGAGGGAAUGAGACAGAUCAACUUGCAUUGCUUGCAUUCAAGGCCGAAAUAAAGAAUGAUCCUCACCAGUUUCUGAGCUCAUGGAAUAGAUCCAUUCACUACUGCCAGUGGCAAGGCGUUACAUGUGGUCGCCGCCACCAGGGGAGGGUCACCGUGGUAGACCUGCAGUCCCAGAAUCUGGUUGGGGCCAUAUCGCCACACCUCGGGAAUUUGAGCUUUCUUAUGGUGUUAAGGCUGCAUAACAAUAGCUUCAGCCACAAAAUCCCGCCAGAACUAGGCCAUUUGCACAGGCUUCAAAUUUUGCGCCUGAACAAUAAUUCGCUGGUUGGCGAAAUCCCUACCAAUAUGUCUGGUUGCUCCAACCUCCUUACUCUUGAUUUAUCUAACAACAUGUUGACAGGAAAAAUCCCUGCAGAGCUUUGUGCCUUGUCUAAGCUCGAAGCAAUUCAUUUUGAUGGUAACAGUUUAUCAGGACCCAUCCCUCCUGCUUCAGGAAAUCUCUCCUCUCUUCUGGUAUUCUUCGUAAACAAAAAUAGCUUGGAAGGAAGCAUUCCUGAGGCUCUAUGCCAAUUGAAAAACCUGAAAUAUCUUGUAUUGAGAGAAAAUAGAUUCUCUGGUACCAUUCCUUCUUCACUUUUUAAUCUCUCUUCUAUUAUGGCUAUUGACCUUGGAAGCAACCAAAUCCAAGGGAGUCUUCCCUCUGACUUGGGCAUCACCCUGCCUAAUCUCCAAUUUUUCAGCAUUUUCGAUAACGAAUUCACAGGUCCCUUUCCUGUUUCAGUAUCGAAUGCCACAAAUCUAGUUGCCUUUGUAGCUGGUUAUAAUCAUCUCACUGGAAAAGUGCCUACCCUGGAAAAUCUGCAUCGACUUCAGAGGUUUACCAUUGCUAUCAAUAGUCUUGGAGGUGGGAAAGCUGAUGACUUGAGUUUCCUAGCCUCUUUGACUAAUGCCACAAGCUUAGAGGUGUUGGAGCUGAAUGACAACAACUUUGGAGGGGUGUUGCCAGAGUCCAUCGGCAACCUGUCAACCAAGCUUGCAGAUUUGAGUUUAUCAUACAAUCAUAUAUCUGGAAACAUCCCAGCAGGGAUAUUGAAUCUCAUCAGCUUGGAGGACUUAUAUAUGGGAGCCAACCAAUUCACUGGUAACAUUCCCACUGACAUUGGGAAGCUUCAAAAGUUACAAGAAUUGGCUUUUCUGGAGAACAAUUUCUCGGGAAACAUUCCAUCCUCCCUUGGAAAUUUAACUUUACUAACCAAACUUGGUUUGGGAGAGAAUAAUUUCCAUGGUGGCAUCCCUUCGAGUCUGGGCAAAUGCCAAUAUUUGGAAUUAUUGGAUCUUGGUCGAAACAACCUUAGUGGUACAAUACCACAAGAAAUCUUUGAUCUCUCCUCUUUAUCGAUCACUCUAGACCUAUCUCAUAACCAUUUGAGUGGCUCACUUCCCAUGGAAGUUGGAAACUUGAAGAAUCUCGAAUACUUGGAUGUUUCCAUGAACAAUUUAUCCGGCAAAAUCCCUGAUGCUCUCGGUAGCUGUGUAAGAUUGGAAACACUGUAUUUGCAGCGCAACUUCCUUCAAGGCACCGUUCCUUCAUCUCUAAGUUCUUUGAGAGGUAUUCAAAACUUAGAUCUCUCUUACAACAAUUUGUCAGGUGAAAUUCCAGAAUAUUUGGCGGGCUUUGACUUCUUGCAGCAGUUAAAUCUCUCUUUCAAUGAUUUUGAGGGUGAGGCACCAAGAGAAGGCAUCUUUAAGAAUGCAAGUGCAAUCUCCAUCAUUGGAAACAAAAAGCUCUGUGGGGGUGUACCUGAAUUGCAGCUACCUAAAUGCAGCUUCAAAGGGACUAAAAAGAGGAGGCGAGUUCUAUCUUUGAAGUUAAUAGUCACUAUAGCAUGUGUGCUUCUAGGACUAGCUUUGCUGUCAUGUUUUCUAUGUCUUUUCUGGUGUAGGAAGAGAAGGAAGGAGCCUCCUUCGGGUUCACCAGAAAGUUCGAUUUUCAGAGUGUCUUACCAGUCUCUUCUUAAAGCCACUGGUGGAUUUUCUUCAGCCAAUUUGAUUGGUGUGGGUAGUUUUGGAUCUGUGUAUAGAGGGACUUUUGAUGAUGGAAAAAUUGUUGCUGUGAAGGUACUUAACAUGUUGCGCCGCGGAGCUUCCAAGAGUUUCAUUGCCGAGUGUGAGGCCUUGAGGAGCAUCAGACAUCGUAAUCUUGUCAAGUUGCUAACUGCAUGUUCAAGUUCAGAUUUUCAGGGUAAUGAUUUCAAAGCUCUGGUUUAUGAGUUCAUGGCUAAUGGGAGUCUGGAGGAGUGGCUGCAUGGAAUUACAAGAGAGGAUACCAUACACGAUGAGCCCAGGAAGUUAAACCUCCUUCAGAGAUUAAAUAUCGCCAUUGACGUCGCUUCUGCUCUGGAAUAUCUUCAUCAUCAUUGUGAAACACAGAUAAUUCACUGUGAUCUCAAGCCAAGCAAUGUUCUUCUCGACAGUGAAGUGACUGGGCAUGUUAGUGACUUUGGGUUGGCUAAAUUGUUGGCGGAAGCCACCCACGGUUCUUCUACGAAUCAAACAAGCUCUAUUGGAGUAAGAGGAUCAAUUGGUUAUACAGCUCCAGAGUAUGGUAUGGGAAGUGAGGUGUCGGCAUAUGGUGAUGUGUACAGCUUUGGCAUCCUCCUUUUAGAAAUGUUCACCGGGAAGAGACCCACUGAUGUCAUGUUUAAAGACGGUUUAAAUCUUUGUAACUUUGUUAAUGCAGCUUUGGCUGAUAGAGUGACAGAGAUUGCAGAUCCAAUACUUCUGCAAGAAAGUGAAGAGCACAGUAGUAUUAAAAAUGAGAAACUUGGAGAGUGCUUGGUUCCCAUAUUUACAAUCGGAGUCGCUUGUUCUGCAGAAUUGGCAAGAGAACGAAUGAACAUUCGUGAUGUUGUAGUCAAGUUGAAUUUGGUGAGGGGCAUUCUUCUUGACACCGGAAUACGCGGAGCCAGAAAGGCUACAAGUAGGCACUAAUCUUGAAUUAUAUUGUUGUCCGAGCAUUUGAUUUAAGGUAAAAAGUAUUGCAUUAGUUUUGGUUUCACUUUUCAUUCAGGGCAACUCGAUUCUAUGCUGUGUAUCUGAAAAAUGAUCCUAUGGUUGUAUUCUUCCAUUAGUGCAUGGAUAAAAGGUCAUUUUAUAUGUCACGUGGAAAUUGGUAGCAUUUAGAUGGGCAUAGUUCUUUGUUCAAAUCCUUUUUUGAAAUCCAGCAGCUUUUUGGCUUCAAUGCAACCUUAAUGUGAAUUUUGGUGAUAAUGGUGACGUCUUUUUUAUUUUUUUAUUUUAUCUUGCUAAUUUGUAUUUUCAUUCAAAUGCAUAGUAGGCUAAUUGCAGGGGCGAGUCAUAUAAUUUGA